AUCUAAGUCUUCUAUACCGUAGUAUUCCGUCAACAAGUCGGCUUCGGCUUUUCACAUUGGACCUUGACUCCUCUCUAAAACGACGAGCAAUUUUCGCCCAAUAUUUAAAAAGAGGGAUUCAUAAGUCGAAGAAGCAUUUGUAUUUGUUUAAUUACUGUAAACAGUUUUGUCACAACGUUCAUUACUGCGUGGAGUUUAGUCUACCCUUUUCUUCUCGCCGCUUGGAACUCACGAAAAAUGACUGGAGUCUGGAAAUGUGUAGGAAUAUUCGCAGCUGGCAUCUUUUCAGGUGCUGCUUUGUUGAAAACGUUGGAAAGAGAACCCGGGAAUGUUCCAGGAAGAUUUGGUUUAACUCGUAGGGAUGCCGAGAAACCCUUCGAUUUUGACGUCGAAAAGUUUCUCGAGAUGGGUGACCCUGGACCGAUUCACGACAAACUUGUUCGUCAUGGUUAUAUGUCUGUUUAUGACAGAAGAACGCGUACCCCAGCUUAUACUGCUGAAACCAUAACGAAAGAGUCUCUGGCUCAGCGUGAUGGAAACAGAAAGUACAGUCGGUUCAAGGAAGAUGAAGAGGUUCCCCAAAUGUACAGAGCAAAACUUUCGGACUACUACAGAAGUGGUUACGAUCGUGGCCAUCAAGUGCCUGCUGCCGACUGUAAAACGAGUCAGACCGCUAUGGAUGAGACUUUUCUUUUGACAAACAUGUGUCCUCAAGUCGGCGAUGGAUUCAAUAGAAAUUACUGGGCCUAUUUUGAAGAUUGGUGCCGUAAAUUGACAAACAAAUUUGACGAGGUGACUAUCAUUACCGGUCCCUUGUUCCUUCCAAAGAAAAACGGUGACGGCAAAUGGGUCGUCUCCUACGAAAUGGUCGGCAACCCUCCUAGUGUUGCCGUCCCUACUCACUUCUACAAGGUGGUCAUUGGAACAUCCAAAUACUCUCGCACUGACAAUGCAGCUGUCGGUGCGUUUGUGCUUCCCAACGCUGUUAUUGAUGACAAUACGGCUCUCAGCACCUUUAAGGUGCCUGUAGAAGUGAUUGAACGUUCAAGUGGCUUGGAGUUGCUUCAUGGCUUGAACGCAUCCACGAAGAAGGACAUUUGCUCCCAGGUGAAUUGCAGUCUGGAUGUUGCCGCUUUCAAAGAGCAUAUUGACGCUAAGAAGAGAGCUGCCGCUACUGCUGCUGCUGAUGCCAAGAAGUAGGUCGGAAGGUUUUGUUUAAAUACAGAGAGAAAGUGCUAUUUUCUCAGAACCGAGUUAGGGGAAUUCACGUCUUUUUAAUAAAACUUUCCCCCGCUUGCUACUUUACUUGCUCAAUUAAUACCAUUAUAACGCAUCCAUUCAAUGUCAACGAAUUUCAUUCAUAUUUUUUCAUAUCAACGCAAGGC